AUGGUGACUUCAGCGGACGGGGAAGUCUUCGUUAAUGAAACAAUCCGUGUCACGAAUGGCACAUCCCUCAACAUCACUGGGGCUGGACCAAGCGCAAUUGCCGAUGGACAAGACACCACCCGAUUGUUCUACGUAGACGGGGGUUCGAGCCUACACCUCUCGGACGUGACCUUAUUGAACGGCAGGUAUUCCGACGGCGGGGCGAUCUAUGCGGAACAGUCGAGUGUCUCGUUUGGCGGAAACGUAUCGUUCAUCUCCAACUCCGCCAGCAAUUUUGGAGGUGCAAUCUUCACGAAUUCUUCGACCUUGUCCUGGGAUGGCGACGGCACGCUGUUCAGGUCCAACCGCGCUGACGUGUUUGGGGGGGCAAUCUGCGCGAUUGCUUCGACGGUGUCCUGGUAUAGCGACGGCACCCAGUUCAGGAAUAACUCCGCUGACUGGGGAGGUGCAAUAGUUUCGCUUGCUUCGAACGUGUUCUGGCAAAGCAACAGCACCGAGCUCAUCUCCAACUCCGCUGAAGUUUCCGGAGGUGUCAUCUACGCUCUUGGCUCGAGCGUGUCCUGGGAUGGUGAUGACACCAAGUUCGCCUCUAACAACGCCGGCCUGGAAGGGGGCGUAAUCUUCGCGUUUGGAUCGACCGUGUCCUGGGAUGGCGACGGCACCCAGUUCAGCUUCAACUCCGCUGACGUUGACGGAGGUGCAAUCUACACCAGUGGCGAAUCGACCGUGUCCUGGGAUGGCGACGGCACCCAGUUCAGCUUCAACUCCGCUGGCGUCGAUGGAGGCCGUGGUGGUGCGAUCUUCGCGGAUAUUUCUUCGGCCGUGUCCUGGGAUGGCGACAGGACCGAGUUCACCUUGAACAACGCUGCUACAGAUCAUGGAGGUGCAAUAUAUGCGUUUUCUUCGUCGCUCGUGUCCUGGUACGGCGAUGGGACCGAGUUCACCUCUAACAAUGCUGCAGGGAAUGGAGGUGCAAUGUACGCGUUUGAUGUUUCGCCCGUGUCCUGGGAUGGAGGCGGAGCCAAGUUCACAUCUAACAGCGCUGCAGGGAGCGGGGGAGCAAUAUACACGGAUAAUUCGCCCGUGUCCUGCGGUGCAGGCAGCGCCGAGUUCACCUACAACAACGCUUCGUUUGAUGGAGGUGCCAUCUACGGCACCGGUGAAUCGACCGUGUCCUGGGAUGGAAACAUGCACUUCAGCCACAACUUUGGGGGGGACAACGGCGGCGCGCUGGCCUUGUUCGAUGUUAAUUUGGAAGGUUAUAAUUCCGAGCACGAGCCUUUUACCGGCGCGACAUUCAUCUUGAACAGGGCAGGAACCGGGGGAGGGGCGUUGUACUUGUUUAACUGCGGGGGGCCCUUGGAAUUCACGGACGUGACAUUUCAGUCCAACUCGGCCAGUACCGGUGGAGCGGUCGCGGCGUAUGUGGCUGGAGAUGUUGAUGCUCCUACAACGUUUUUGACGUGUAUUUUCUGGGACAACGUGGCUACCGCGACAGGAGGGGCGGUUGACACCUUGUCUGGAUACCAAGAGUUUUUUUCUUGUGAUUUCCAGGGCAACUCAGCAGGAAGGAUCUGUUGA